UCUCUGCCAUCGCGCACGCUGACAAGAUGCCUUCCAGACUGCGGAAGACCAGGAAGCUGAGGGGACACGUCAGCCACGGGCACGGCCGCAUCGGCAAACACAGGAAGCAUCCUGGAGGCCGUGGUAAUGCUGGUGGUAUGCACCAUCACAGGAUUAACUUUGAUAAAUAUCACCCUGGCUACUUUGGAAAAGUAGGCAUGAGGCACUAUCACUUGAAGAGGAACCAAAAGUUCUGUCCCACUGUCAACUUGGAUAAACUGUGGACCCUUGUAACUGAACAGACAAGACUCAAUUAUGCAAAAAACCAGGCUGGACUGGCCCCAGUCAUCGAUGUUGUGCGCUCAGGUUACUACAAAGUCCUGGGCAAGGGCAAGCUGCCCAAGCAGCCUGUAAUUGUGAAAGCCAAGUUCUUCAGUAGAAGAGCAGAGGAGAAGAUCAAAGAAGUUGGUGGUGCCUGUGUGCUUGUGGCAUAAAGGCCUUUGUUUUAUUUCAACUUUUUGAAUAAAGACCAAUGUGUAAAA